AUGGCUACCUUUCGCCGCUUCCGUCCUGACGACGUCAACAAGUUCUCCAAGUGCAACCUCGACCCUCUGACCGAGACGUACGAGCUGGCUUUCUACCUCCAGUACCAUGCCAAGUGGCCCUCAAUGUUCCAGGUCUGCGAGGACAUGAAUGGAAACAUCAUCGGCUACAUAAUGGGAAAGCUCGAGUCGUCGCCCGACGUAUACAAAUUCUCCGAGCAUUAUCUCCCAUGGCACGCCCACAUCACAGCCUUGACAGUUGCGCCCGAAGCCAGGAGACUGGGUAUCGGCAAGAUUCUGUCGGAGCAGCUGGAGGCCGCCGCAGACGCCAACGAUGCCUGGUUCGUCGACCUCUUUGUCCGCACGAGCAACCACAAGGCCAUCACCUUUUACAAGAGCAUGGGCUACAGCGUCUUCCGCGUCGUCAAGAACUACUACGGCGACCACGCUACGGACCCGUCGCGCGACAGCGAGGACGCCUACGAUAUGAGAAAGCCAAUGAAGAGGGACACGAAGCUUCAACACAUUAGGGACGACGGCGAAAGACACGAGGUGGAUCCAUCCGAUGUAUGGUGA